UGGACUCUCCUUCUGCUCUGUUAACUAACAGAGGGACAAUGUUGUGGGACAAACUGUGCUGGCUACUGGCCCUGCUGGCCUUAUCGUACGCGGCGCUGCCCGCCUCCAACGAGCCCCUCUCUGCUCCCAGGAUCUUCCUGUCCUUCAAAGAGUUAAAGUCUACCGGCACAGCUCAUCACUUCUCCUUUUUGCUGAACUCGACUGACUAUCGGAUCCUUCGCAUGGAUGAGGACCACGACCGCAUGUAUGUGGGCAGCAAAGAUUAUAUACUCUCUCUGGACCUGCACGACAUCAACAAGGAGCCGCUCAUAAUCCACUGGCCUGUUGCCCCCCAGAGGAAGACUGAAUGUGUCCUGUCAGGGAAAGACACCAAUGGAGAAUGUGGAAACUUUAUCCGUCUGAUUGAGCCGUGGAACCGGACCCACCUGUAUGUUUGUGGAACAGGCGCGUACAACCCCAUCUGCACCUACGUGGACCGAGGACGCAGGUCACAGGGGUCCCACUACCUACAGGCACCCCAAUCUGGAGGGAGAACAAGUCGGGCAGCAGACUACAGCACUACGUCAGAGCCUUUGGAGGCUAAGGAAUAUAUUUUCCGACUUGAACCUGGUAAAGUGGAUUCUGGCAAAGGAAAAUGUCCUUAUGACCCCAAACUGAACAGCGUCUCUGCUUUGAUCAAUGGAGAGCUGUAUUCAGGAGUCUACAUUGAUUUCAUGGGAACCGACUCCGCUAUCUUCCGUACACUGGGGAAGCAGACCGCCAUGAGGACGGAUCAGUACAACUCCAGAUGGUUAAACGAUCCCACAUUCAUCCACGCACACCUCAUCCCAGACAGCGCUGAGAAGAAUGAUGACAAGCUCUACUUCUUCUUCCGCGAGAAAUCCUCUGAGAUGGGCCAGAGUCCCAUGACCCAGUCCAGGAUAGGGCGGAUCUGCCUGAAUGAUGAUGGUGGACACUGCUGUCUGGUCAACAAGUGGAGCACGUUUCUGAAAGCUCGCCUCAUUUGUUCAGUGCCUGGACCUGACGGCGUCGAGACACACUUUGAUGAACUAAGGGAUGUGUAUAUCCAGCCAACUCAAGACAACAAGAAUCCUGUCAUCUAUGGUGUCUUCUCAGUUUCAGGAGCUGUGUUCAAAGGCUCGGCAGUGUGCGUCUACUCCAUGGCCGACAUCCGGAUGGUCUUCAACGGGCCUUUUGCCCACAAGGAGGGGCCUAACUACCAGUGGGUGGCGUACACUGGGAAGAUCCCUUACCCACGACCUGGCACUUGUCCUGGAGGCACUUUCACCCCCAACAUGCAAUCCACAAAGGAUUACCCAGAUGAGGUGAUCAACUUCAUGAGAAACCACCCCACCAUGCACAAUGCUAUAUACCCAGUGCACAAGCGCCCCCUGGUGGUCAGAACCAACGUGGACUAUGAGUUCACCACAAUUGCAGUGGACCAAGUGACAGCUGCUGACGGGAGCUACGAGGUGCUCUUCCUGGGCACAGAUCGAGGGACAGUCCAGAAAGUGAUUGUCCUGCCUAGAGACGACCUACAGACUGAGGAGUUGGUCUUAGAGGAAGUAGAGGUCUUCAAGGUUCCCACGGCAAUUACCACCAUGAAGAUUUCAUCGAAACGGCAACAACUGUAUGUGGGAUCAGUCCUGGGGGUGACCCACCUGGCUCUCCAUCGCUGUGAUGUGUACGGUGAGGUCUGCGCUGACUGCUGUCUGGCCAGAGACCCAUACUGCGCCUGGGACGGCAAAACCUGCUCCAGAUACUCUUCCUCACAGAAGAGACGGAGCCGUCGGCAGGAUGUAAAGUACGGCAACCCAAUCCGCCAAUGCAGAGGUUAUAACUCUAACACCAAUAAGAAUACUCUGGAGACAGUUCAGUAUGGGGUGGAGGGCAGCACUACGUUCCUGGAGUGCCAGGCCAGGUCUCCUCAUGUGUCUCUCAAGUGGCACUUGCAGAAGGAAAACAGUGACAGGAGAAAAGAGAUUCGCUCAGAGGGCCGCAUCCUAAAAACAGAACAAGGUCUUCUGAUCCGCUCGCUGCAGUCCUCCGACAGCGGCAUCUACCAGUGCACAUCCACGGAGAAAAACUUCAAACACACGCUCGUCAAAAUGCAGCUUGUGGUCCUCUCCAGUCGCACGGUCAACAACGUGUUGGUGGAAACGGGCAGCCCGGCCCUCCCUCCACUGCAGUCCAGUGCCUGGACUCCGAGCGCCGGUCAGUACAAAGACCUGCUGACCAUCCUAAGCCAGCCGGAGAUGGGCCUGAUCAACCAGUACUGCCAGGAUUACUGGCAGCAUGGAGACGUCAGCCUCGGGGACAACAAAGCCAAAAGCCUGAAGGAGCUGAAAGAACAGAAGAAGCCUCGCAACCGUCGGCAUCACGACGAGCAAACAACUCCCGCUGAGACAUGAGGAGCUGGAUGUACGACUCAUCACACUCCCCCUGUCUACCUUUCCACACCACCUCCUAAACACUGCAACCCUCCAUUUAGGGGAAUGACUCCAGUUAGAAACAUGAAAUGAUCUUAACGGACAAGACAGAUACUGCA